UUAAAAUAAAAGAAAUAAAUUUAAAAAUAUUAAAAUGCAAGCUCAGAAAAUUAUUGUUAUACACCCAGGCUCCCUCAAUUUACGUAUAGGACGUGCUAGUGAUCUUAAUCCUUUAACAAUUCUCCAUGCUAUAGGAAGAAGGCGCAAACAAACUCUACAGAAUAAUCCAAAGUUACAGCAUCAUGAUCCUCUCUUACCUACGAUUGCUACCAAUGAUAAUCAAAAUGAAGUUAUGCAGGAAUUUGAGGACAGCAGACUGCAAGUAUCCCAUGCUAUACAAGCGCAUAUGCCACAGCAUGAAGAACGUAGCGGUGGUCUAAAAAGAUUGCGCAUUGCAACACCACCUCAACAAAUUGCAACAUAUAAUAGACGUACUGUGCCCGAGGAACUGCCUUUGGAUGGUGCUAUAAAAACGGAACAUUCUGUAGUGAAAAAGGAAGAUACAAAUUUGGUGGACAAUAUCUAUGAUCAAGACUUGCUUAAAAUUAAUUUCAAUGAAGUAGCCGACUACAAUAUUCAUUUUCCCAUGAAAAGAGGCGAGCUAAACCUACACUCCAAUAUAGGAGGAUCUUUGACAUCUGUUUUAUCAGAUUUAGAAUCAAUUUGGUCUUACGCUAUACACGAGCGGAUGGAAAUUCCGAGAAAAAGUUUAGUUCAAUAUGGAGCCGUUUUGGUAGUUCCUGAUGUAUACAAUCGUAGUGUUCUUAGAGAGCUAGUGACUUUAUUAUUAACUCGCUUAAAAUUUCGCGCAUGUUUUCUUCUUCAAGAUCAUGUGGCAGCCACAUUUGGAGCUGGCUUAGGUUACGCUUGUGUUGUUGACGUUGGUGAUCAGAAAUGUUCUAUAUCCUGCGUAGAGGACGGUAUUUCACAGCCAGAUACACGCGUUCGUUUAGGCUAUGGAGGGGGUGAUGUGACACAAGUAUUUUACGCUCUCCUACGUAAAUGUUGUUUUCCUUAUAAAGAGUGUAAUCUGGAAGAUGAUUAUGACGAUGCGGUUUUAUUAAUGAAUUUAAAAGAAAAAUUCUGUCAUUUAAAUUUGGAAAUAUGUGGAGCUCAAGAAAAACAUUUUGAGGUUAAUAAACCUAAAAAACGUUUACGUUACACGUUUCAAUUGGGCGAUGAAUGUGUUGUAGCCCCACUGUCACUUUUCCACACCGAACUAUUAAAUAUAACGGGAAAACAGCGUUUGGUACGCUUACAGUUCCGCAAUAGCCAACAAUCCGAUGCAGAAGAUUGUUUUGAUGCCGAGUACAUUAGAGAAACGGGCAGAGUACGCAACGGACGUGGCGAUCAACUAUUAGAAGGCUCUAUGCCGGUUACUGGCGAAACUGCUGAUGAUGAACUUGUAGUGGUCGACAAUUAUGAUGUAGAAGAACGUUCUAAUAAUUUACGUAACUCGGAGAAAGACGAAGAACUUUAUUACUCUUCAAUUAAUGGUCAAAUUGUACCACUUGAUCUUGCCAUCGUUCGGAGUAUAGAACGUUGUACAACAGACGAUAUGAAACGUAAAAUGUAUGGAUGCAUUUUAUUAGUGGGUGGUGGUAGUAAAAUACCAGGAUUUUCAAAGUGGCUGGAACAAAAAAUUACUCUACAAUUAUCGGCUACAACCACACAUAAUCGUUUAAUGGAUCAGUUGCCUUUCGAGGUGAAUGUGUGUGUCAAGGAAAUGGACGCAGCUAUGAUAGCAUGGAAGGGCGCUGCCAUAAUGUCAUGUUUAGAAAGUGCUCCCGAAUUGUGGUUAAUUGCUAGUGAAUGGGAAAAAUAUGGUUUACGCAUAUUACGUGAAAAGGCUACUUUUAUGUGGUAAUAUGAUAUAUACAUUGAAGUACUUCAAAAAUAUGUUCUGUAUAAAGUACAAUUUAGCAGCGCAUUAUAAGAGUUGAGAAAUUUAAAAUAAUAAAAGAAUUCCGAAUAUAUCGGUAAAGUUAGAAUACAGCUCGAAAAUUUCAACAAAAAAUACCUAUAGUAAGUAAUUCAAAUUAUUAUUCACUGAUUCUUCAAAGUACUUAUUUUUAAAUAUAAAUAAUCAAGGCUGAACGCUAGUUUUUAAUACAUAUAUUUUAUUUUUAAAAAAUAUUUCUGUAUUAGUGACUUUUAAGAUAUGAAUUUAGUAUACAUAUAUGUAUUACUUAUAUGAUUUAAAAAAAAGACGAGUUGUUAUUUUUUCUUUAUAAACCUUAAAUAAUCAAACAAAUAUAAUAAUUAAUUUAUAUGUCUUA